AUGUAUAAGUACCACUGUACCACCCCCGCAAACAAGCAGCUCUCGCGGGACGAGCGCAUCAAGAUUCUGCCCCUGCGCAAAGAGGGUAACACGUCCAUGCGACUCUCUCGCCAUGUUGGCUGCACCAAACGCCAGGUCCAGCACGUGUGCAAUAUCGAUAAGGCUACACCACGAAAGGGGCGUGGCAGUCACCUAAAGCUUUCGGAAAACCGAGUGACUGGUGUGACCGUGUGA